UAUAUGCAUGGUAUGUCAAUAUUGUUAGCUCUGCGGUUAUUUUGCUUUGUUCGCUUGCCUUUGUUCUAGAAUGGAGUGUGUUGCUCACGAACUCACUUCUCUUCUUGAAUGUCCGAUAUGUAUGGAAACACUGAAAGAUCCAAAAAGUCUGCCAUGUUUUCAUAACUUUUGCAGUCACUGCUUGCAGCGUUAUAUCGAAGAAGUGCGCAAACGAAAGCAGAUCGUAAGAAUUCCUUGUCCAUCAUGUCGCAGUGAAUUUUAUCUUAGGCGAAAUGGCACCAUCCAAGAUAUUCCGGGUAGUUUUCUUGUCAAAAAUAUGCUGGAUAUCGCGAAAUCCCAAAAGGAAGUGCAGGGAUGCAAGUGUCAAUUAUGUGAUAAUCCUGGACUCCACCAUUGCUCUGAAUGUAAAAUCUUCAUGUGUGAAGAUUGUAAGACUUUGCAUAACAAAUUUCCUGGACAGAACCAGCAUACUGUGCUAUCCAUUGACGAACUCGACACUCCCGAAGGUCAGGCAAAAAUUAAGAGGAUAGUUUAUUGUCAAAAGCAUCCUGGGGAAACUUUGAGGUUUUAUUGUGAAACAUGCAAGGAACUGUGUUGCAAUGAUUGCCUGCUACUUUAUCACAUGAAACAGAAUCACUCCUGUAUAUCAGUGCAGGAGGUUGCCGCAACUCAGCUCGAUAAACUCACUUCCAUUACUGCCAAAAUGGAGGGAAAUUUAACUGAAGGAAAGAAAGCUCUCGAUUGCGUUGCAGCAACAAUAGUUUCGUUAAACGAAAACGCUUCCGUUGCAAAACAGAACAUUAUACAACGAAAAGAUAACAUCUUAAAGGUUGUUUCGGACAAACUAGAGAAAAAGGCUGUUGAACUGUGUGAAGAGGUUAAUUUGAACCACGAUAAGCUGCUUGAGGAGCUUAUGAAACAACAAGAACAAAUUCAACAAUAUGUCGAUAAUGUGGAAGCGUUCGUAUCCAUUCCUCGGAAUCUAUUGGAAAGGAAAAACAUGGACGAAAUUCUUUCUUCUCGGGAAUUAAUUGAUGAAAAUAUUGGAAAACUAGAAACACUGAAAUAUCUAAGUCCUGUCAAUGAUGGGAAUGUCAAUUUUGAAAUUCCAGUUUUUGACGAUAAAAAUGCUGAUUUACUACUUCAAGCCAUGGGGGUAGUUUACGGCAGUAUCAACCAAAAUUUGGCCCAGUCCCAAAUACUUCGAGGGGAGAAAGUCUUGAUAAACCAGUUACAACAGUGGUUACAUGGAAAUUGGAAUCUUCUAUAUCGUGCAUCACGUGAUGGUUGGUCAGCCUAUGAUUUUCAUCGUCUUUGUAAUGAUAAAGGAGGCACAGUUUUCUUGGUCAAAGUCGAUGACUUCAUAUUUGGUGGAUUUACGGAUCAAAGCUGGAAUGGUGAUCUAUUUAAGCGUUCUGCUGAAUCAUUCUUGUUUUCUCUUCGAAACAAUGAGGAUUUGGAACCAUUUGUUGCAUAUAUAAAACCUGGCGAGGAGGAUUAUGCUGUCUUUUGCAAUUCUGAUUGGGGUCUAGGGCUUGGUGUUGAUAUGGGAAUUUCGAACUGUGCAAAUGAAUGUCAACUGUCUUUUGCUCAACUAGUAAACAUCGGACGCAGUCGCUUGGUCGCCGCUCAAAAUCCUCUAACCAGCCGAAUAUGGAUGGCGUUUAUAGAAGAAUGGACUGGGAAUCUUAUGUUUUCAACGAAAGUGAGUCGAUUCUAAACUAAAAAAACAAGUUUAAAUUGCUCACAAAAAAAACGUCCAGAAAAGAGAUUCAAGAGCCUAGAAAUUCUGUUGUGCUGAAUGAAUUGUUGAUUUUGAGCAUUUUAAUGUAUGUAAAGUAUUUAAAUGAAUUCAUCCUCAAUUCUUCGGCAGUCAGAAUGAUCACUACAAUUUAUUGCGGAUGUUGUAACAGUUACCACUAAAUGUAAUGUUUAAAAGUCCGAAAGGAACUUAAAUUACUCAAAUACAAUCCUUUUUUACUUGACAAUCCUUUGCUUUUCUAGCUUGCGCGCUGUGUAUUUCUGAUGUAAAUGCAAAUAAAAAAGUCAGCUAAGAUCA